AUUCUGCAACAGGUUUUAUUUGCCCACCUAAGAAUAAAAGAUAAUGGAGACUGAACAGCAGGAGGAGACCUUUACCAACACAGAGACAAAUGACCUGUCUACAGGCAAACGCCCUGCGGAAGACAUGGAAGAAGAACAGGCCUUCAAAAGAUCCCGAAAUACAGAUGAGAUGGUUGAGUUACGCAUCCUGCUUCAGAGCAAAAAUGCUGGAGCAGUGAUUGGAAAAGGUGGCAAAAAUAUUAAGGCACUUCGUACAGACUACAAUGCCAGUGUUUCAGUCCCAGACAGCAGUGGCCCCGAGCGCAUCUUGAGUAUAAGUGCAGAUAUAGAGACAAUUGGAGAAAUCUUGAAGAAGAUUAUCCCUACUUUAGAAGAGUAUCAACACUACAAAGGCAGCGACUUUGACUGCGAAUUAAGACUUCUAAUUCACCAGAGUCUGGCAGGAGGAAUUAUUGGUGUCAAGGGUGCUAAAAUCAAAGAACUCAGAGAGAACACUCAGACCACCAUUAAGCUCUUCCAAGAGUGUUGUCCUCAUUCCACUGACAGAGUGGUGCUUAUUGGAGGAAAACCGGAUAGAGUUGUGGAAUGUAUCAAGAUUAUCCUGGAUCUUAUUUCUGAGUCUCCAAUUAAAGGACGGGCCCAGCCUUACGAUCCCAAUUUCUAUGAUGAAACAUAUGAUUAUGGUGGCUUCACGAUGAUGUUUGAUGAUAGAAGGGGACGUCCUGUAGGCUUUCCAAUGCGCGGAAGAGGAGGUUUUGAUCGAAUGCCUCCUGGUCGUGGUGGACGACCCAUGCCUCCGUCAAGAAGAGACUAUGAUGAUAUGAGCCCUCGCAGAGGACCUCCACCACCUCCCCCAGGUCGCGGGGGCAGAGGUGGCAGCAGAGCUCGUAAUCUUCCCCUUCCGCCACCACCACCUCCUCGUGGCGGAGACCUCAUGUCUUAUGACCGAAGGGGCAGACCUGGAGAUCGUUAUGAUGGAAUGAUGAUGCAGUGUCAUGUGGAUGCCUGUGAUGACAUGCAACCACCAGAACUGUUUGAGGGUGGCUCUGGAUAUGACUAUUCUUAUGCAGGGGGCCGUGGGUCAUAUGGAGAUCUUGGUGGACCCAUUAUCACAACCCAAGUAACGAUUCCGAAAGAUUUGGCUGGAUCUAUAAUUGGAAAGGGAGGCCAGAGAAUUAAGCAAAUACGUCAUGAGUCAGGAGCUUCGAUCAAAAUUGACGAACCAUUAGAAGGUUCAGAAGACCGGAUAAUAACUAUUACAGGAACACAAGACCAGAUACAAAAUGCACAGUAUUUACUGCAGAACAGUGUGAAGCAGUAUGCAGAUGUUGAAGGAUUCUAAUGCAAGAUUAUUUUUUCUUUUUUAUAGUGUGAAGCAGUAUUCUGGAAAGUUUUUCUAAGACUAGUGAAGAACUGAAGGAGUCCUGCAUCCUUUUUUUUUUAUCUGCUUCUGUUUAAAAAGCCAACAUUCCUCUGCUUCAUAGGUGUUCUGCAUUUGAGGUGUAGUGGAAUCUUUGCUGUCCACCAGAUGUAAUGUUUUAGUUCCUUACAAAUAUUUGGGGGGAGGGAAAGGGCGCGUGAGACUAACACUGAAAUUUUGAAACAGCAGCAGAGAGUGGAUUUUAUUUUUGUUCAUUGUUGGUGGUAAAUUGUACUGUUUUCUGUAACUAUUGUGAACACCUUGCUUUAUGUACACUUUUUUUUUUUUUUUGAAUGGAGGGAGAAUACUGGUAGUCCACGUGUCCCUGGCAUCCUUUAAGAGCAGUGUGCAGAAUGUAACGCUCUUUUGUAAGAAAUGUUUAAUGAUUUUUAAAUAAAUUUAGUGAACCUA